CGUUCGUUGUGCUUGCAGUCUGGUCGAUAUUCUCCGAAAGCGGGGGACGGAGAUUCGAGUGACCACUUCUUGCUAUCAGGUCAUCGCCAGGAGACCAUUCUCCAGGCAACCUAUACCCGCUACUGCUCCGAUUUGACCGCGAACCUGUGGGCGUCUCUGGCGUCAGAUUUGUUGCUCUACCCUCUCGAAACAAUAGUCGUGCGGUUGUGCGUCCAGGGCACCAGGACCCUUGUUGACAACCUCGACACCGCCGACUCCGUCCUCCCCAUAAUUUCGUCCUUCGAUGGACCCUUCGACGUCCUCCGGUCGGCCGCGACUUCGCCCUCCGGUUUCGUUGGUCUCUACCGUGGAUUCGGCGCCCUCAUACUGCAGUACGCUGUGCAAGCUGCCUUCCUAGCCGGAAUCAAGUACGCCUAUGAGCAACUGCUAUGUUACUACUCAUCGGCGCCACAACCCCCGCCUCCCGGUCGACCAUUCGCAGACCCCAGCCACCAGCCGCCAGCACAGGCCUCGAAUCCACCACAAUCUAACUUCUCUGCCUCCUCCUCUGGCCACAUUAACGACCUGCAGCCAGCGUCGAUGUGGCAACCAGCCUUGGACUCGGAACGAUGGAGGUCUUCUGAUCCCUCAAUUCCUACGGAGUAUCCUCCUCCUCUUAGCACCUCUUUCACUUUCCGGGGCUUUAAUUCUGGGCCCUUUGACGCACUGUUGUAG